GAUGUUUUGGAGAACUCCUAAGGACUGGAUUCGUUUAUCUGUAAGCAGACAAAUAAGGUUUCGACAACUGCAAACAACUAAGAAAUAUCAAAAUAACUCUGAAGCAUUAUCAACUCCAGAAAAGAAAGGAGGAGGCUGCGUUGUUCCACUAUCUUAUUACAAGUUGGAACCAAAGAAGGCUUUCAGUCAGUUGGGAGUCGAAGCAGGAAAGCCUCCUCCUUUGAUAGUUCUUCACGGUAUAUUAGCCUCAGGAAAUACUUAUCGUUCCGUUUUAAAAAGAGAAGACUUUGUACCAGAGAGAGAAAUAUAUGCCGUGGAUCUAAGGAACCACGGAGCCAGUCCUCAUGUACAGGAAAUGGCUUAUGAAGCAAUGGUUAAAGACGUCAAAUGUUUUCUUGAGGAUAACGGAAUUUCCAAGGCCUGUAUUUUGGGUCACAGUAUGGGUGGAAAAGUAGGUAUGCAAUUUGCACUGGAGAAUCCAGAUUGGGUUUCUGAACUAGUGGUGGUGGAUAUUGCUCCGGUGACCUAUCAACAAGAAUCAAUGGAUAAGAAUCUUCCAACAGAAGCAGUUUAUGCAAUGGCAAGGACAAAGCCUCACCAGUGUAAAUCUAGAAGUGAAAUUGACACUGCUUUGGAGCAACAAGGACUUACUAACGAGAGAGUACGACAGUUUGUGUUAACCAAUCUUAUUCCCGACGAUGAAAAGCCAGGCUACUACAAGUGGCGAGUCAAUCUUCACUCUUUGGUUGAUUCAAUGGAAGCCAUGUUGAGCUUUCCAUCUAUACCAGCUGAACGAGUAUUCCGCGGACCAACUUUAUUUGUACGGGGAGAAAACUCGCCUUAUAUUCAGCCAAAUAUUCACGAAACUACAAUCCGUAAAUAUUUUGUGAACGCUGUGAUAAAGACUAUUCCUCAUACAGGUCAUUGGCUGAUCUCAGAAGAACCAGACCAGUUUACUCGUUUAGUGAACGAAUUUCUCUCUUUGCAAAAAUAAAAAGAAACAUCGAUAGUACGAAAAAGGAAUCAUUCUACUCCAAAAAGUCGAUAUCUUCAGCUUCUUUACUGAAUGAAGGUUUUUGCCGUUUU